AUGGCGUACCCGAAGAAUGUUGGAAUUAAAGCCAUGGAAAUCUAUGUCCCAGCACAGUGUCUGGAUCAAACAUUGUUUGAACAACAUCAAGGUGUUUCGGCUGGCAAAUAUACCAUUGGAUUGGGCCUUCAGUAUAUGAACUUUUGUACCGAUAGAGAGGAUGUCUGUUCUCUAGCUCUUACGGCUGUCUCUUCACUCCUCCGUAAAUUCAACAUCGACCCCAAAUCAAUUGGACGUCUUGAAGUCGGAACCGAAUCACCCAUCGAUAAAGCCAAAUCUGUCAAAUCAGUUCUUACCACUCUUUUCGAGCCACAUGGUAACACAAGUCUCGAAGGAAUCGACACAACUCACGCCUGUUACGGUGGUACGAAUGCCCUAUUCAAUGCGGUCAACUGGGUAGAGUCUCGGUCAUGGGAUGGUCGAGAUGCCAUUGUUGUUGCAUCCGAUAUAGCUCUCUACAAAGAAGCCGCUUCUCGACCAACUGGAGGAGCUGGUUGUGUUGCUAUGCUUGUUGGUCCAAAUGCACUGUUGUCUCUCGAAUCGGGUUUAAAAGGUGUCUACAUGACUCAUGCUUAUGAUUUCUACAAGCCGGAUACCAAAGUCGAGUUUCCUAUUGUGAACGGCCAUGAAUCUAUUGGUUGUUACAUCGGCGCUUUGGAUGCAUGUAUUCCCGAUGAACUCCGCAAGUUGAGCUAUUCGGAAUCUCUCAAAGAUAAGACGCUAGAGAAGACUCUUAUAGAAAUCACAAAGGAUGAGUUCAAGAAGCGUGUUGAGCCGUGCAUUGCUGGGGCUUCUUUAUGCGGUAACAUGUACACAGGGAGUCUGUACUUCUCUCUCAUGAGCUUGAUAAACAACAUAGAUCUCAAAGCCGCAGAAGGCAAAACGAUCGGCUUGUUCAGUUUUGGAAGUGGAAUUGCCAGCUCACUUUUUGGCAUGAAGAUUACCGGUGAUCUCACCGACCUGGUCCAAAAAGUCAAUUUGAUGGAUCGUCUCAAGCAAAGACACACCGCGACACCCGAAGAGUACGAAGAGGCUUGUACCCUCCGGAGGAACGCAUACGGAGCUAAAGAUUUCAGACCUCUUGGCGAUGUAAACUCCCUGGUACCUGGAACAUACUAUUUGGAGAAUGUGGACGAUGUGUAUAGAAGAACUUAUGCCAUAAAGAAGUGA